AAUUAGACAGGUAUCACACAGGUUAAGCCUCUUGCUGCGGGAAGACUGCUCUUUCUUUUGUGUCAUCAUGAACGUGGCAUCUUUAUUGCUCUGUAUAUUGCUGAAAGUCCUGGCUGUCAACUGUCAGGGCUUUGCACAGGAACGCAUAGUGGGAGGCUACGCGCCGGUUCCUCAUUCCAUCAGGUACAUUGUAUCAUUACAGACGACGAACCGCCAGCACUUCUGCGGGGGCUUCCUGAUUAACAGAUUCUGGGUAGUCACAGCAGCACACUGUAACAUUGGGGUAAGCAAAAUGGUGGUAGUAGCAGGAGACUACUCUUUGUCCAUUUAUGAAGGCACAGAGCAGGAAGUGUUUCCCGACUUUUUGGUGACCCACCCUGAGUACAACAGGACGACAAACAACAGUGACAUCAUGCUCAUUAAGCUAAGGGCACCCAUCAACCUGAACAACUACGUGUCCAUUGUUCUGCUGCCCAGGCAGGAUGCCUCCAUAGCGGAGGGCGAAAUGUGUCGAGUGUCGGGUUGGGGAUACACCAGCCCCACUGGGGGCCAGCUUCCAGCCACCCUUCGGACUGUCACACUUCCUAUUGUGUCUACAGAGAAAUGUAACAGCACUGAAUCGUUUAAUGGCCGCAUCACUGACAGAAUGCUUUGUGCCGGCUACAACAUUGGUGGAAAAGACGCCUGUCAGGGAGACUCAGGUGGCCCACUUGUCUGUAACGGGCGGGCCUAUGGAGUGGUGUCGUGGGGAAAAGGAUGUGCUGACGCUGAAUUUCCUGGAGUCUACACUGCCGUGUCCAAGUUCCGCCGCUGGAUAGACAACACCAUAUUUAGCUACUACAGCAGAUGUAAGAAGAAUUAGAGCUCAGUGUUAACUCAUUGGAAACAUAACUUCCUCAAUUCACUGUUGCCUUCUUUGAUCUAAUUUUACAUGCACUAUAUCAGGUGAACACUGGGGGAUAUGUUCAGGGAUGGUUCCAUAUUCUAGGAAACGGUCAUGCUGGCCUUCGGGCUGAGAACUAGUUUUCUUACACUAGACAGCCAUAACAUUAUGAAAAAUGCAAGGUAAAAAAAAAGUAAUCAUUUUAAUAAUGUUGGAACAAGAACAUUGAGAUUCAUUGAAAAUUGCCAGCCCCCAAUGCGAAAGAAACUGGUUACACAAAACUUCUUGAGCUUCCUAAAAACUACAACUUAGGGUACCCAAAACACAUAAAAUGCUAAUCCUAAGUAAGUGCACUACCACACUCUACUAGUAGCAGUACUAGUAGUUCAAGUAUCUCAGUAUUAGAACCAUGGUUUUAGAAAUCCAACCUCAUAAUCUACAGAAUUUCUACUUGUUUAUCUUAAAUCAACACUAAGUUGGACCUGACUGAUUGUUAUGGCUGAUUAAUGUUAAAUCCAAUCAGAUGAAAGCAUCUCAAUGCAACAAGGUGCCUGGACGUGCUGAAGAUGACUUGCUGAAUUUUAAAGUGAGCAUCAGCAUAAGGAAGAAAGAGAAUAAGUGAGUAAUUUAGAACCUGGUGAUCUCCUUGGAUUUUUGCACAAAAAAACAUAUCACCAUUUACACAGAACAGUCAGAGAAUAUCUUGAUAUCUGGAUUGUAAAUGCCAUGUUGAUGUCAAAGGAGAAUGAUAGAUUGGUUCGAGAUAAUAGAAUGGCAACUUUUGGUUUCAUUACGCUUUGUUAGCACCAAAGGAUUCAGAACUCUAUUUCUGAAUACACAACACAUGAAAACUUGGAAGAGAUCGGAUUCAGGAAACCAAGACCUCAGUGUCUCCUUUGUUAGCAAGGAACAGGAAACUGUUGCUGUAAUUUGCAUAGGAAAAUGUCAGAUUGGAAAAUGUUGCCUAGUCUGUUGACACUCAAAUUUAGUAGCAACUUUUGAGACGGUAGGGUCAGAGUUCUGUUGCAUCCAUACCAAGAAGAGUAAAAGUGGUUAUGAUGGCAAAAGAGAAAGUUGUACCGUGUAAAGCGACAGGCAGUAAAUCUCAAGAUCUACCAAGUUCACAAGGCAAUGUUUGGGAAACCUCCUAGGACAUUUGGUUAAUUUUCAAUUCCCACCCUAAUUUAGCAUUCAAGGAACAAUCCUUAUUGUUUCAUAACCCAGAACAAAAACAUUAACCCCUAGAGGAUGUUCCCUGAAGUUUUCUGUAGGUUUUGCUUUGUGUAACCUUAGAAGAACCUUUAGAGAGCUUAGCUUUUAAUAGGGGAGUGUUUCCUGGUUACCCAGUAGUGUAAAAGGUAUUGUCAGCAAAAUACUUGACAAUACGCUCACACAUGAAGCAUAAAUCUCAGAAGUUACUGUCUAAGCUUAGAUAAACUAAACUAAACUAAGAUAAACUAAUCUAAUCUAAUCUAAACCGAGCUAAGCUAAGCUAACUAACAGACAAGUAACAAUUUUCAAGUUUUCCAUAUGUUGGACCAGUUUCUUUGACUUUAUAGUUCUCUGUUAAUAAGAACAGCGUAAACAUCUUCAACCUCUAAACAUGUGAUAGCCACAAUUUCACAUCAGGUAAAAGGUGCCAUACUAUCAUUCACCAGCUUUAUAUGGACUGUUUGAAAGGCUAAAGACAAAGGUACAUUUACACGCGUCAAAUAAAUGCACUUAUAAAUAAGAGAAUGAAAUUAUGAACAUCCAUCUCUCUGAAGAUGAAUAUGAAUAUGAAAUGGAAUGGAUAUCUCUAAAGAUGGAUAUGCUAAAGUUGCUAUUCGAUUCAUUAACAUUAUUCUUAUGAGCAACAAAGCGAUAUUUGUCUGAUUCAUGGCGGCGUAAUAAGCCUUCUGUUAAAUUUUUAAGAGAUCUUGAUAUCUUGACAAUCGAUUGUUGUGAAUAAUUUCAUGCAAGCAUUGGGUUUGUUACUGUUUCCCAACUCAUCUUUAAGGGGUGUGCAGUUUGCGUGUGCAAUUUCCAACGGGUUUUUAUUUUUUUAAUUUUAUUUUUUUACAUAUCCCUGGAUAGUGACCUCAGAGUUUAGAAAAGGGUUGGUUUGUAUUACAUUUUACUAUAAAUAUACAUUACAAAUGGAUAUAUGAAUUUUAAAAAUAAUUAACACUACUAUUUGUAGUGUAUGGUGUUUGUUUUUAAUGUGCAUGUACAACCAUGGUAAAAAGGAAAUACAUCCUCAAGUUCUAGGGUUUUGUCUAUACCUGAAACAAAAAAUCUGACAAUUUAAACCGGUAGAUUAUUUUAUUGUUGCAACAAUGCCUAUUGGCAUUAUACAGUCUGCGUUUCAACAGUUAUACCUCUCCAUAUGCAUAUGGGUAGGUUUAAUUGAGUUUACAAAUAAUCUUUGGUAAAAUCCCUAGAACAGACAAAGAGUGUAUUUUUCCUUUUAUCCUCACUAUGUGUUGGAAAAACAAACUUUUUUGACAAGCCUGAACUGUUACCUGGAGUACUUGGUGAUUUAUUUAUGGAGUAGCAGCUGAAAUAUCCUAUAAAUAUAUAGAAGGCACCAUGGAGACAGAGUAGUGAACAAAUUCAGGGAACUUUAGUAAAAAAAAAAAGUUUCAUGUAUAUGAACACAUAGAAUAACUGUAUUGUUUUCUUGUUUUAUACACGUAAAUAAAUUACUCAUUCUGCUUUACUCA